AUGGCCUCCAACGCCCCCCAAAACACCGCCGCCUCCGUCGCCCUCCCCUACCCUGCUACGCUCACCGACUUCAUCGACGCCGGCUACGUCCCGGAGUGGAGCGUGAGCUCCACCGGCCGCCCGCGCCUCACGCUGAGGCAAAUCGUCGUUGUCCCCGCCGUCGCGCCCCAACAGGCGCAGGGAGAGGCCGCCGAAGAGGAGAAGGAAGAGGAGAAGGAAGAGGAGAAGGAAGAGGAGAAGGAAGAGGAGAAGGAAGAAGAAGAAGAAGAAGAAGAAGCCGCCGAAGAGCACCCCACCAACACCCCCACCACCCGCUUCAAGUUCCAGUACGUGACGCUAGAGCGCGAGUGGCUGGCGGCCGCGCUCGCCGCGCAGCAGCGGGCCGGCGCGCGCCCGCUGGCGGAGCGGCGCCGGUGGGCGGAGCUGGUGGUGCGCCACGCCGCCGAGAUGGAGGGCCGGGUGCUGCGCGCGGGCCAGGCGCCGCGGCCGCCGCGCACGCCGAGCAGCCUGGCGCACGAGUACCGCAAGCACCGCGAGUGGUACGAUGCCGGGGAGGCGCCGGUGCAGUUUGGGGGGAGGGUGUUGGCGAGGGGGGAGUUUUUGGCGGGGCAGUGGGGGGUGGAGGGGGGAGAGGAGGGGGGAGAAGGAGAUGAGGAUGAGGAGUGA